ACGACAGCGACACCCGAUACACGGACCCCCACCACCAGACGGCCUGCGUGUUCCACGCAUCUGCCGACGGGAUGGCCAGCGACCCCCGCGUCCGCUUCGGCGUCUCCGGGUUUCCGUUCGGGCUGUGCCGCUUGGCGCUGUUCUGCUGCCCGCCGCUGGCCGCCAACCUGGAGCCGCGUCGCACCGACGCCCGGAUGUCGGAGUUCGCCACCCGAGCCCGGCGGGUCAACCGGUUCGUGCAGCCCCUCAUGAUGCUGGGCGACGGAUCGGCCGCCAGCUGGACGCCAAUCAUCGCUCUGCUGAGCGACGUAGCCGCGGGAAGACUGGCUCGCGACGUGGGCGACUGGUACAAGGCUCACAACUACACGGGCGUUGUCCUGCGCUGGCCAGAGGCCACGCUCACCACCCCGUGGCGCAUCGUGGCACCGCUGCUGCGAGGGCUUGCACAGCGACUCGACUCGGCGAGGCGCCACAUUCGCCUGGGAGUCGCGCUGCGCCAGGACAGCUACGGACCGGACUUGAAGCACAUCGUCUCCAGCCUUGGCAAGGUGUCCAUCUUCCUUUUGCCGCCCGCCAUGCCCCAGAACAAGUUUUACGGGCACACGAUACGCUUCUACAGCCAGACAACAUUGGACACCUUGUAUAGCCUCAACCUUCGCUUCCUCAGCCGUAACGUCGCCGACCACCUGUGUUACCUGUUCCCGGCCGACACUUACACUUACCGGGUGAAGCCGCCCGACACGACUCAAUCUCUCGGUCCCGGCAUCCAAGGUGACGUGACCAAGCACGCCGGACGCAUUGCGUACUUCGAGACGUGCCUCAUUGCGAGCACGUACUCGAAACACGUCACCGACUACGGCGUCGAGGCACUCCGGGCCGAUUCCUUUCUGGCGUACACGGAACCGCAGCUGCUGGGGCGCUUCGUCGACGACAUGCACAAGAAGGCGUCGGCCACUUGCGUGGGCAUCUGGAAUCCGCAGAUGGACGACUUUGGCGGCCUCUGUGGUUUAGGGAAAUACCCGCUCACUAGCGCCACCUUCCGCUUCUACAACGACACCCAUCACUAG